GAAUUGGGCCGUCUAAUGGCACAAUUCAUUUUGAUGCCUGAAAGCAAGAAGAGGGCAUGGCAAAUUCGUCGCCGUAACUAUGUUAUAUCUAUAAUUGCGAAAUUGCCCUUGUCUUAUAAAGGGUACCACUACCACUCGGCGCAUGAACCAUCCGCAGAGGGGCUUUUAGGAUUAGGGUUUAUCUGGUCUCAGGGUUUUCAAUUUCCCCUUGAAAUCAAAGUAGAGAGAGAUAGAGAGAGAGAGGAGAGAGGUGUUGGAAUGGGGAGGUACAGAAGCCGAAGCAGAAGCUACAGCCCUAGGCGUGGCAGAAGCCCACCUCGACGCAAGCAAUACGAUGAGCCACCUCGCGAUACCAGGUCUCGCAGAGACAGACGAUCCCCUGCUCCUUCUGGUCUGCUCGUUCGCAACAUCUCUCUCGACGCAAGACCAGAAGAUCUUAGAAAUCCGUUUGAGCGAUUUGGUCCCAUAAAAGAUGUGUAUCUACCUAAGGAUUACUACACCGGGGAACCGCGAGGCUUUGGGUUUGUGAAGUUCCGUUAUCCAGAAGAUGCAGCUGAAGCAAAGGAACAAUUGAACUAUACAGUUAUUGGUGGACGUGAGAUAAGAAUUGUUUUUGCCGAGGAAAACAGAAAAACUCCUCACGAAAUGCGUAGACAUGCACGCACAAGUGACCAGGGAAGCUAUAGGAGGCGAACUCCACUGAGGUCCCCAAGACGCCGUUAUCACUCUUCCUCACGCACACCUUCUCCAGCAAGGAGUGAGUUAAGGGAACGCAGAUCAAGGGAUGAUUAUUACUCUCCAAGACAUUCUAGAUCUUAUUCCAGAUCAAUUUCUCCACAGGAUGAAAGAAAUUAUAAGUUGAACCAAAGGUCCCCAAGGCGGUCGAGGUCUGUUUCGCGGUCCCUUUCUCCACGUGAUGAGAGAAGUUACAGGUCUAACUACAGGUCACCAAGUCCGGGAGAGAAUGGUCGGAGUCAGCAUGACAAGAGAGAUUAUGAACCCAACAGGUCGCAGAGUCAGGGAGUAAACACUCUCCUAAGAUCUCGAUCCUACAGUCCUCGCUGAUGGUUGUUCAAGCUAUGUUGCUGCCCUUUGGCGCUGUUCAUGUGAUGUUGCUAUCCUAUGGGUCUGGUUGUGGUUCCUUUACAAAGCUUAAAGCUAGACAAACUGUAUAUUUUGAUAUUUUCAAAAAGAUGUUUGGGUUAUAUACUGUUUAUAAGGAAUUUAAUCAAGUUUCCAUUGUUUUUUAGGAACAUCCUAAUUGGAGUUUUAACAUUUUUUCAUUUGCUGAGACCGGAAGCACGAUUGUGGGGACAAACUGAGCACUAUAAAUUGAGACAUGAUUUUGCUGUAUUUCACUCCAUUCCUCAAUUUGAAUUGAGCCCCAGUUUUAUUUCAA